GAAGGGCUGCAGCUUACAGCAACAGAGUUUAGACUGUCUUUGCUUCAUCAUCUGAAGGCAAAAUUUUCCAGAUACGGCAGACGGCUCUCAGAGUACAAUAAACAGGGAAUGAGAACUAUUUACAUGGAAAUUUCUUCCUCAUGAUGCAGCGGAGAAGCCUCGGCCGCUUGAUUUUGCCAGAUGUUCCUGGGGUUACUGUAAAAGGAAAGGAGAGGCAGAGCUAAACAAGGUUCAAGAUUUAAAAGUGCCUGUGUGAAGUCACUUUUGCUGGAAACCACAGCCCGGGAGCUUUUGUGUUAUCGUGUUUUGCUAUCCAAUACACAUUACCCUGACCUUACGAGUGGAUGAAGAUACCUCAGUUGUCUGGCUUUGCCAAUUGCUUGAUUUCGGAAUUUUAAAAGGUGAAAGGAAAGAGAAAUCCUGCUAAGAUCUGAACAUCUAAGUGGCUUAUUUUCCAGCAUCGUCAAUAGCUGCGAGCAUCAGAACUAAAUAUUCUCCCAAGGAGUGCCAUGAUAUUGAAGUCACUUUAUUAAAAACAAUUGUGUCUGCAAAACGAUCAGGCGACUCGGACGUUUGCAGCCAGAGAUGACACUGAGCAUGCUUUCAUUGCGGCCCGCAGUCUUCGAGUGGGGCAUAUUGAUUGAUGAGUGACCGCCUGCCGAUAAAUUCUCUCCUCACUCUGUUUCCCGGAUUGGGCUUCUUUAAGCAAUUUGUCACUUACCUUCAGACUUACAUGUGGGAUUUUUCACAGCAAUAGUUUUGGAAUCAUUGGAACUUGAUUUGAUUUCAUCAUUUAACAGAAACGAACAGGAUCCAAAUUAUUUUCUCAUCAUGGCUUUGAAUGUUGCCCCGGUCAGAGAUACAAAAUGGCUGACCUUGGAAGUCUGCAGACAGUUCCAGAGAGGAACGUGCUCCCGUUCUGAUGAGGAAUGCAAAUUUGCUCACCCCCCCAAAAGUUGCCAGGUCGAAAAUGGAAGAGUAAUCGCCUGCUUUGAUUCCCUAAAGGGCCGUUGUUCAAGAGAGAACUGCAAGUAUCUUCACCCUCCAACACAUUUAAAAACUCAACUCGAAAUUAACGGGAGGAACAAUUUGAUCCAGCAAAAAACUGCAGCAGCAAUGCUUGCCCAGCAGAUGCAAUUUAUGUUUCCAGGAACCCCACUUCAUCCAGUGCCCACUUUUCCUGUAGGUCCCGCAAUAGGGACAAAUACGGCGAUUAGCUUUGCUCCUUACUUAGCACCGGUAACCCCUGGAGUUGGGUUAGUCCCAACGGAAAUUCUACCCACCACACCUGUUAUUGUUCCCGGAAGUCCACCUGUCACUGUUCCGGGCUCAACUGCAACUCAGAAACUUCUCAGGACUGACAAACUGGAGGUCUGCAGGGAGUUCCAGCGAGGAAACUGUGCCCGGGGAGAGACUGACUGCCGCUUUGCACACCCCGCUGACAGCACCAUGAUCGACACAAACGACAACACCGUAACCGUUUGUAUGGAUUACAUAAAGGGGCGUUGCAUGAGGGAGAAAUGCAAAUAUUUUCACCCUCCUGCACACUUGCAGGCCAAAAUCAAAGCUGCGCAGCACCAAGCCAACCAGGCCGCGGUGGCCGCCCAGGCAGCCGCGGCCGCGGCCACAGUCAUGACUCAGUCGACUGCCAAAGCAAUGAAGCGACCUCUCGAAGCAUCUGUAGACCUGGCCUUUCCUCCUGGUGCUCUUCAUCCUUUACCAAAGAGACAAGCACUUGAAAAAAGCAACGGUGCCAGCACCGUCUUUAAUCCCAGCGUCUUGCACUACCAGCAGGCUCUCACCAGUGCACAGCUGCAGCAACACACGGCAUUCAUUCCGACAGAUGAGAAAGCUGAGGCCCCCUAAAUGUGCAGUGACUUCCCAAGGUGGCACUACUAAAGAGAAAAAGACCUAGAACCCAGUUUCCCUGUGACCAGCUCGAUGUACAUGACAUGACACCAGCCAGCUUCCAUAGGCAGAGGCCAGAGUCCUCCUUUAGAGCCUGGCAUAAAACAUCAGAUAAAAGUGAAGAAACAAGAGUACAAUGCACGCCAACCCUCCUCUGUUUUUUUACCCACAAUGCAUGCCAACCCUCCUCUGUUUUUUUACCCACCUUCCUGACCACAGACCUACAUACACCAUACACAAACACAAAGAGUCACCAUAAAUGACUGGGGUUUUGACCUUUUAGUCUGAGCUAAAAGAAGGGAUAACAUUUGCAAAAUAAAAUUUGCUGGAGUGUCAAAAAUAAAAAAAGAACCACGGAGUGACUUAGGCUUUAGUGAGAAGGCUGUCCAUUGAGUUCUUAGUUUGAAGUCAAAAUUUUCAGCCUCUGACAGUGACUUGAAGGUCAAUAUAGGUGAAUAACAAUUUUAUCAAAAAAAAAAAAAAAGCAUAUUGAUCCCAAUCCACACGGGUGGACUUUUCACGUUUGUUAUCUAUUUUCUUAAAUCCUGUAGCAUAUCAGGAAUUAACAUAGGAGGGAGCUGAAUAAAUAUUUCUAUCCUAUUCUUUAUAUAAAAUCUACACUUUGAAAUGAAUUAUUAACCUAACAAUAUUUAUAUUGUAGUAAAAAAUAUAAAUUACAUUAGUAAAGUGGUUCUUAGUAUAUAGUUUUCUUAUUUUAGUUCUGCUCUUCUCUUAAAAUAAAUAGACUCAUAGACCUGUAGAAUGUGUCUCCAAAUCAGUAAUUAUUGGGGCUUCAAUCUUGUCCUAUUACAACCUUAAUUAGUGACAUUUCAGUACAGUUAUAGCACAGCAGUGAUUGUACUUGUAAUCCACUUGAUAUAGCAUGUUUGUAAAAUAAUUACUAGAAGGUAAACUUAUCUGAAGGCCCUGUGUGAUUUCUACAAGUGUCAUAUUUGAUAGACCUUGUCACUACAUAUUUUAAGAGAAAAAAAUUGUGGAAGAAUAUACUGAGUGGAAAAACAGAAAAGGACAAGUCUGUUUCUGAAGACUGGGUAGUAAUGCCACUACCAUUUCCUGGGAAUGCCUCUGAAACCCUGGAGCUAAGCCAUGCAAAAGGCUGAAGGCCUCUAACUCAUAUUUAACACUUCAAUUCAAUAAUGACUGACUUGUUAAAUCACUGGAAGAAUUCUCAUUUAAAAAUAUUUCACCUGGAAACCAUUUAAAGACUUCCAAAGCAAGAACGAAUAACGUCCCAUUUGCAAUGGCCUGAUUAUAGUUGAUGAAAUGCUUGUAUUGAGGACCCAAGGGCUGUUCUGGGUGCUGUGGUUGUGCACUUCCGCCCCCUGCUGGACUCUUUAAGAACUGUUCAAGUGUGUCCAGCAACUCUCCAUAGAGUGGGCUUUGGGAGCAGAAAAGUGGGUCCUAGCCCGCUUAAUUCUGUGGAUUAGAAGUAUUUCCAUCUGUAACAUGACAUAAAUAUCAUAAUGAACAAACAUGUGGAUCUCAUGCUCUGAAAUGGUAUUUCAACUUCUAUGAAGUUUUCACGUUUCUCUUAAAUGAUGAAAGGAUAAUUUUAUUAAAAGGAAAUUAGCAUAGUCCUUCCCCCAGUUAAAUCCAUAACAGAAAAUUCAGUGUUUAUUUUGGCUCUAGUUUUUAUUUCAGGCACUCUUUCUCAUAAGCCACAUUUUCAACCUAAUUUAAAAUGAUAAUGAUCAUUCUUUGUUAAUCACUGUUGUUUUAAACUCUGAAAAUUAAGUGAUGAUGUUCAAAAAUAAUUUUUUUAACUUAGUAAAUGAGGAGCUCAUUACUUUUAAACUGACAGAUUUUGAUUUUUCUCUAAAUACUUUACAUUAACAAUUAUCAUAAAUGUGAAACAAAAAAACAUUUUAUGUUCUCCUGGAAGUUACCCUUUACUGAAAGGUCAUUCACAGUGAAGUUUUUGAUAUGCUGCUAAAAUUCUCCCAUUGAUACAAUGUGACUUUGAAUUUCAGGAAUUCUGCCUCCAGGCUGUGGAGAUAUUAAUUUAAAAUAUUACGCAAAAUAUGGGAUUCUUCUCCAAACCCAUGCUAAUAUAAUUAUCACCCUGGUUAAUGCCCUAGCACAUUUGCAGUGGGUGGGAUUUUUCCUUUUUUGAUAGGCAUUAUUUUAACCUAGUGGUUAUACUUUUUUUUGCUAUGUUAGGAAAGUGACAAAAACCACACACACAGAAAUAGCAGCAUAAUAAUUCUUGGCAUUUCUCUGACAGGUUUAUUCUGAGUUCCUCUAAGUGUUCUUAUCUCAUUAUCCUUCAAGAUAGUUCCGCCAAGUGGCAGGCGUAAUUAUUUGCAUUUUGCAGAUGGGAAAACUGAGGCUGUGCCUUUGCCGUAAAGUGGAAUAUAUGAUUCAUGGAAUUGUCCAUAUAAUUCUACUCGCAGAUUCUAGAGCUGAAAUGUUUGUGCAACUGAAGCAGAAAACAUUUGAGAAGUGUUUGUUAAUAGAAUUAGUGCCUUAGUGAAAUGCUUCUGCCAGUCAGAGCAAAGACGACCUACUGACUCUCUCCUUGAUUUAUUUCAUUAUAUUGGAAAUACAGAGUAAGUAGAACAGGGAAGUGCUAGCACAAAUACUGCCUAAUGAUCAGAAACCAUACUAUUACAUAAGCGUAUCACACACCUUGGUGAAAGAUUUGUCAGUGUUUAGUGGAAACCCUAUCUGUAUAACCAUAGCAAAAUGUGUUUAUCCUAUUGAAUUCAGCAAGCCACUGUUGAACACAUAGUCUGUUCUGGGUUCCAAAGCCAGUAGGGGCAUACAACGAAGUUCAGAACACGGCAAAAACCAAAUAUAAUGCAAAGCGUGAAGGGCUACCUUAGGGAGUGGGCAAAGCGAUUUGAGAAUGAGGAAGCAAGAGACAAUGUAUUCGCCAUGGGACAUGCAGUAGGUGGUGGCGACGAAGGAUAUGGAGAAAGAAGGACUUUCCAAAGGAGGAGAAAUUUGCUUAGGACUUUGAAAGGAAAAUUUACCAGUGUGGGAAGAGCAUCCCAGGCAGGGGGAAGAGCAUGGAUUGGGAACAGUGUACUUGAGGAAUAACAAGUUGCCCGUUGUAGCUCAGUGUAAAGUACUGAAGGGGCUGUGUUUGCAGGGGUGGGGGGUGGGAGAGAGUGGGGUGAAAAGGCAGAGAUGGAGCUUAGAAAGGAGAUCAGGACCAGAAUCUGCCAUUGAGUAAGACAGCCACACAUUGCAAAACUUCUGUGUUUCCGAUAUGCAUAUCACUUUUAGGCCACAUAGAGAGAGAUGCUCAUCACAUUGAUUUGGUUGAGCGUUUCAGGCGCAUCCUGAACUGAAGCCAAAGGACGGUUCCAGUCCUAGCCCAGUGUGGCUGUAGGAGCUGCUGUUGAUGAUCUGCAGCUCAGUGACAUUCAGGUGUGUCCAAGAAAGGAAAGUGCUCCAAGAAAGCCCAUCCGCAUUGGAAUGCGAGAGAAUAACAUGGAAUUUUUAUAGGGAUGAUUUUGAAUCCAGCCAUGGUUGACUUUGAAAUCAUUCACGAACUGGGUACUUUAAUACAUUUUAGGAACAAGUUGCUCCCAACACACUCUCACUGGUGGCUGAGAACAUUCACUCAAUUGACUGUUUACCAUGCGCCCCAUAGACGUAGGCAGACAUGAACCCUGCCCUCCAGAGUUUACAGUGGAAGAGGAGAGGUGGAUUUCAAUAAAUAGCCAGAGAAGUAUAUAAUUAAAAGUUUUUAUGAGUAUAAUGAAUGAAAAAGUAGAGAGUUCAGUAAGGUUUAAAAUAGGAAACUGAUUUAAGUGGCAUGUGAAUAUAGGUAACAGAACAAUUGAAGAGUUUUUUAAAGAAGCAACAUAUACCUCGAGACCUGGAAAAUGAAGAAUGGGGUAAUGAUGAUUUUAGGCAGGGGCGGAGAGCUGUGAGAAGCCCAAAAGUAGGACAAAAGUGUGAUGAGUUCAUUUCAAAGAAAUGAAAGGCUAAUCUGUCUGAAGCUUGGUGCAUGGGGGCUAGGGGAGGAGUAUAGUGUGAGCUGGGGAGAUAGUCAGAGACUAGACCAUGGGAACCUUUAUCCUAAAAGCAAUGAGAAGGCAAUGAAUCAUUUCCAGCAGAGAAGUGAACAGACCUGUAUUGGGGAAGGUUUACUCUGCCAGCAGAAUGGAGAAUGGACUAAAGGGGGGGACGAGAAUGGAGGCAGGAAGACCACUUAGGAUGUUACUGCAUAGCCGAUCCCAGAUCAUAAAAUGGUGAUCAGGCCAUGAGGAGUGGCAGUGAAGAUGGACCAAUAGACAAACACAAGACGCACUUUAGAAGCAGAACUGCUUUGUCUUAUUGGUGAGUUGGACCAGGGAAUUUCACGAGGGAAAGUGGUGUCAGGGAGAACUUUCAGUUUGGGCUAGAGCUACGACAUCAAUGGUGACGUCCAUCUAGCAUUUCCUGAGGUGGAGAAACAGAUGCUGUGGAAAAGGUCAACGCUUGGACAUGUUCGAUUUGAGAUGCUUGUGAGAAAUCCAAGUAGGAAGGCCAGAUAAACAGUUAGAUAGAAAAACCUGGAGCUCAGAGGAGCUAUCUGGGCGGGAUACAUAAAUUUGGAAGCCUUGAGCUUGUAGAUAGUAUUUAAAUCCUAAAUUGAAUUAAUACCAUGGAGUGAAUGACAUACCAGAAGAAAAGUAUAGAGUAGAUGAAAAGGAACCAGACUGAGCCCUGAAAAACUCUAGUAUAUAGAGAUAGAGUAUGUGUGUGUCUGUGUUUGCAUAUGUGUCUGUGUCUGUGUCUGUGUUAUCAGAAAAUCCAAGGGAAAAGAGUAGUUUAUUACAGAGAGAGUAGACAAGUGCUAAAUGUUACCAUGACUCAGGAUGGAAGGGUUCUUACUGAUUGCAGAAAUACGGAGUUCUUUGAUGACAUGCAGUUUGAGUGGAGAGGUGAAAAUGAAAGCCAAAUUGGAGAGGAUUGAAGAAUAAACGGGGUCAAGGAAGUGCAAAUUUAUGUGUAGGUAACUUUCCAGAAGUUUGAUUGUGAAGAAGUUUAGAAACAUAGGGCUGGAGAAAGAUAGGGUGUCAUGAGGUGUUUGUGUGUGUGUUUUCAGUUGGAUAUAUUAGCACAUGUUUGCUGAAGAAUCCAGGAGUGGCCCAGUUAAAUAGCCUCUUUUCCUGACUAGUUAAUGUUGGCCUGAUCAAAACGCAGAUCAGGCAAAAAGUCUCCCUCAGGUGUGAACAGUUCAGCAGAGAGAAUAAAGACGUACACAUCUCAGAUUCUUCACCCAGUAUCUCAGAAGGCAGUUCUAAAACCCUAAGUGGGUACACCUACCUUCAUUAAAGACUACUUCUCUGGUACCCAUAUGACACCCAAUCUUCAGUUACCUAAAUCCUUACAUUACCUUGAUUUUCACUCUAAGGAGCUGAACCAGAAGUAGAUAAUUCCUUUCAAUACAAUUCUUUUUUCAGUAUUCCACAACAUAUGUUAUAUUCAUGGUCCGUUUUCUGAUUCAAGUACAUUAAUAUGACCACCCACAGGUAAGGCAGCUAUUUCCAAGGAAGGGCUGUAAACCCCCCUCCCUCCCUCUCUCCUUCCCACCCUCCCACUUACCCACCUAGACACCAAAAACCCCUAGCCCUGGUCCUAUCCCAGCCUCAGUUCAGUGCUGUUUUGCCUCUGCAGUGUUUAGAUUUUAUUGCUAGCCACCGCUCCUUU